UAUCUCUAUAUUAUGGAGAAGACCAAAAUUCAAAAAGUCUUCUCGCUCCUCCUUCAGCAAUGGCUGCUCGUCGCCAUGGGCAUUGCGUGUGCCCUGGCUUACUGCUUCCCCUCGGUCGCAAAGCACGGCGGCAUCAUCCGCUCGCAAUACAGCAUCCUGUACGGCGUGGUGGGCGUGAUGUUUCUGAUCGGGGGACUGAGCAUUCCGCACGACAAAAUCGGCCGCCAGAUGCAGAACUGGCGAUUACAUUUGCUCGUGCAGGGGAUUUCCUUUCUUCUUGUUCCUGCUCUGAUGCGAGCCGUCAUUGCAAUUAUCCUCAGAGCCAGUGCUUCCAGUGCUUCCAGUACUUCCAGUACUUCCAGCGCUUCUAUCGACCCCUCAGUGCUGGCAGGAUACACUCUCACAGCAUGCAUCCCCACCACCAUCGCUUCCAACGUGGUCAUGACGAGAGCAGCGGGCGGAGACGACGCCGCCGCCCUGGUAGAAGUCCUGAUUGCCAACCUGUUGGGUCCCUUUAUCACCGCCCCCUGGACGCUGGUCUUGCUGCCGCAUACGUCUGAGUUCACGACCUGGCGAGACGGAGCAGGAAGCAGCCUGACGGCGAUGUACGCGUCUGUGUUCAAACAGUUGGGUUUGAGUGUUCUUCUGCCGUUGGUUGUCGGGCAAUUCGUGCGGUGGAAGUGGCCUGAACAGACGGAGCGGGCGGUUGCGAGGUUCAAGUUGUCCAAGGUUGCCAGUGCAGGCAUGGCUCUAUUAGUGUGGACCUCCUUUUCAUCCAUCUUUGCGACAAACGCCAUUCAGAAACUGUCGGCAGCGAGUAUCGUGUUCACCGUCCUGUUCAAUAUCCUGCUCUACCUCGUUCUGACUGCCGUCUGCUUCUUCGCUGCGGAUCCCCUUCUCUCGCCCGAGGAAACGAUUGCCGUGUGUUUCUGUGGACCGGCGAAGAGCACUGCCUUGGGUAUCCCCUUGCUGUAUGCCAUGUGGGCGCCUCUGGAUCUGGAGAUCAAGGCCAAGACGUCUAUUCCGGUGUUGCUCUAUACGACGGAGCAGAUCUGCGUUGCGAAUCUGCUUGUUCAUGUUUUUAAAAGAUACAGGAAGAAGUCAGGUUAGACAAUAUAGACAAUGUAUAGAAUAGAUACAAUA